AUGCCACCAUUUAAAAAAACUAAUUUUCAACCAGGUCAAACUGAAAGUAAACAUACUGGAAAAAUGUUAACAAUAAAAUGGAUGGACCGGAGAGAGAUGCAUAUGCUUACCACAAUACACGAAGAUGAACAAUUACCAAUUCAAAAACAUGGUAAAAUAACAAUGAAACCUAAAUGUGUUAAAAAAUACAACGAAAACAUGGGAUUUGUGGAUAAAACUGAUAUGAUACUAAGUAGUGUAGUGUUUACUGGAAACCAUAUGCCAAUAGCUCAGUUUCAGAUAGAACUAAUAAGACAAAUAAUAGAAAAAUAUCAUACCGAUCGUGUAACAAAAUCAAGACAACCGAUUAAAGAUCAACCAUCAAAACUAAUUGAUAGGCAUUUUCCAUCAGAAGUUCCAGCAACACAAUCUGGAAGGCUUGCCAGAAGAAGAUGCCAACUAUGCAAGAAGAAUAAUAAAAGAACUGACACUAGAUGCGUGUGUACAGAAUUUAAGUCGGCAGAUAAUGGUGCCGAGUACGUCGACGAUUCCGCCGCUGCAGCCGCACGGACGCUGGAACAAAAGGUCAGGAGAUUCCGUGAAGAAUUGUGUUUGGUUAAAAUAUUAGACAUUGUUAAUCUUUAUUAA